GGCGCGGGGCGUCUGCAGCUGGGCAGCGCGCGGCCUCGGGGCGGCGCAGAGCGGAGCUGCGGGGAGGCGGCGGCACGCGGGCCCGGUGCGCUCGGCCCCGGCACACUGGGCAAGUUCGCGGCGGCAGCAUGCGGCGGUAACGCCGCACCGGCCUCCGCGCCUGCCAGCCGGCGAGCGCAGGCGGUGGAGCAGGCGGCGGCGGCGGCGGAGGAUGUACCGUCGCCGACGGCUAGACGCCCCGGGCCAGCGCGCAGGCACCUUGCAGAACAAGGAGUAGCUUGCUGACUUUGAACGUGUGGCAGGUAUUUCAGAAAGCUUCAAGAUCAAGUUGGAGAAAAAAACAGUUAUUUUUCCUUAUUCGUCUGCUUCAAUAUUAUUCUUAUUGGGAAUGGACAAUGGAAUGUUCUCUAGCUUUAUCAUGAUCAAGCACCUCCUUUUCUUUUGUAUUUCCAUGAACUUAGCCAGUCACUUUGGCUUUUCACAAAUGCCAACCAGUUCAUCAAAAGACGAGACCAAUGACAACAUCACGAUAUUUACCAGGAUCUUGGAUGGGCUCUUGGAUGGCUAUGACAACAGACUGAGGCCUGGGCUUGGAGAGCGCAUCACCCAGGUGAGGACGGACAUCUACGUCACCAGCUUCGGCCCGGUGUCCGACACGGAAAUGGAAUACACCAUAGAUGUGUUUUUCCGGCAAAGCUGGAAAGAUGAAAGGCUUCGCUUUAAAGGGCCCAUGCAGCGCCUGCCUCUCAACAACCUGCUUGCCAGCAAAAUCUGGACUCCGGACACGUUCUUCCACAACGGGAAGAAGUCCAUCGCCCACAACAUGACCACGCCCAACAAGCUGCUGAGGCUGGAGGACGACGGCACCCUGCUCUACACCAUGCGCUUGACCAUCUCUGCAGAGUGCCCAAUGCAACUAGAGGACUUUCCGAUGGACGCCCAUGCAUGCCCUCUGAAAUUUGGCAGCUAUGCAUACCCAAACUCUGAAGUUGUCUAUGUCUGGACCAACGGUACCACCAAGUCAGUGGUGGUGGCAGAAGAUGGCUCCAGGCUGAACCAGUACCACCUGAUGGGACAGACAGUGGGCACCGAGAACAUCAGCACCAGCACAGGUGAAUACACAAUCAUGACGGCCCAUUUCCAUCUGAAGAGGAAGAUCGGGUACUUUGUCAUCCAGACCUACCUUCCCUGCAUAAUGACCGUGAUCUUGUCGCAGGUGUCCUUUUGGCUGAACCGAGAGUCGGUCCCAGCCAGGACUGUGUUUGGGGUGACCACGGUGCUGACCAUGACAACCCUCAGCAUCAGCGCCCGGAACUCUCUGCCCAAAGUGGCCUACGCCACGGCCAUGGACUGGUUCAUCGCCGUGUGCUACGCCUUCGUGUUCUCCGCGCUCAUCGAGUUCGCCACGGUCAACUAUUUCACAAAGAGAGGCUGGGCCUGGGAUGGUAAGAAAGCCUCGGAAGCAGCCAAGGUCAAGAAAAAAGAGCGGGAACUUAUACUAAAUAAGUCAACAAAUGCUUAUACUACUGGGAAGAUGACCCACACCCCCAACAUCCCAAAGGAGCAGACUCUGGCGGGGACCUCAAAUGCAUCUUCAGUCUCCGUGAAACCUUCCGAAGAGAAGACUUCUGAAACCAAAAAGACUUAUAACAGCAUCAGCAAAAUUGACAAAAUGUCACGAAUUGUAUUCCCAGUCUUGUUUGGCACUUUCAACUUAGUUUACUGGGCAACAUAUUUGAAUAGGGAGCCGGUGAUUAAAGGGGCUGCCUCUCCAAAAUAACCCGCCUGUUGCAUUCCCAAACUCCCAGAGCCAUACUUCCAACAGAAUGGUAUCCAGGAGAGGUUGAUCUUGGAGGAACUUUCCAUAUUUGGGCACUAUCUUUCAGGAAAUUUUUGCAUGUUUAAUAAUGUGUACAAUAAUAUUGCCUUGAUGUUUCUAUAUAUAACGUCAGAUGUUUCAAAGAUGUCACAUUGAUAAAUAAAGCAAACAACUUUUAGAAAAACAGGAGACAAUGGCUCUGACACUCAGAUGCUCAGUAUCUUACAUUGAUAGUUUACAACCAAGAUAAGUAUAUUUUUAACUGUUCCAAGUGUUACCUAACAAUGUUUUUUAUACUUCAAAUGUCAUUUCAUACAAAUUUUCCCAGCAAAUAAAUAUUUUAGGAAACGCUCCAUGAUUAUUACUUGACCAGUUCUCGCAAGAAACAAAGAUCACAAGGAACACAUUUUUCAUUAAAAAGGAAACUGUGGGCAUUUAUGUACAAAACUAAUUGCUUUUGAUAAUUCUUACUAUUCUGAAACUAGAAAGUACUGCAUGAUCUUACACUGAGGUAGAAUAGGUAAAUAUUUAUGCAGAUAAAUUUAAUAACAAAACUAUGUGGUAAGCUAGUCAAAAUACUUCCCUAAGGAAAAAUUUAACAGCUUAAAAAACCCUUUUUUGGGGGGAAGAAAGAAACUUUUAUCUGUUCCUUUAUCUCCUCCCUACUAACUGAAUAAUGACCAAGAUAAAGAAGGAAACAUUAAAACCAACAGUGAUGUAAUGAAGUCUCAGCAUUUGGUCUGUUUGUUCAUUGUCUGAAACAUUGACCACUUCUCGCUGCAGUCAGCGUGUAGUGCUUCAGUGGUGAGAAAUUGUAAUUGACUUACUUUCCAUUUUAUUUCCUUGUAUGUAUGUCAAGGUUGACUUAUUGCUUUGUUAGCUUUUGUAUAUGAGCCUUAAAUGUUCAUUAAAAAAUAAAAAAGAUAA